AUGCCACGAACUCCACCACCCACCACCGUCCCUGAGAUCCUGGCUACAUCCGAGAUCGACCCGUCCUUCGCCAAAGCACUCGAGACAUCUCCACAGUCGCCCGCCCUAGAUUGCACGAUCACCUCACUCAAACAAAGCAGCAUAGCCCGACUACCCUCCAUCCAACAGUCUCUUGUCGACACACGGCCCGUCGACGUCUCAGAGACAACCCACUUUAUCAAACUCCGCGACGACUUCCCUGCCCGUAUCAUUCUAUGCCACCUGACAUCCGCAAUCACAGACACAACUCCUCGCCCGCUGAUCCUCUUGUUCCACGGCGGCGGCCACUGCGUAGGGUACCCUGAACUGGAACUCCCUCUCGCCCGACAGCUCGCCCAGACACACUCCGCCAUCGUCGUCAGCGCAUCGUACCGUCUUGCACCCGAGUUCCCGUUCCCCUUCUCGAUCUGCGACGCUUGGGAGACACUGGAAUUCGUCGCCAGUGAGGCACGCAAAGCCAAUUCAGCCGUGUUCCCGCGCUGCACGGAUCCCCGCGUCGGGUUCCUCGUAGGCGGAUCGUCGGCCGGCGCCAGCCUCGCGGCGUCACUGGCCCAUUUGGCACGCGAUCACAGCCUCCGUCCCAAAUUGACGGGCCACUUCCUCUUCGCGGGCACCUAUAUCUCGGACCAGCAUGUCCCGGCAAAGUACCAGGAGCGAUAUCUCAGCUGGACGCAGAACCAGGACGCACCGAUCCUGAGUAAGGCAAUGAUUCGACUCCUCCAGGACGCGUGCAAGCCUGACUUUGACAGCAAGCUUUACAUGAGUUUCGACCAGCACCAUCCAUACGACGCAGGGACGGGUUCAGUCAGGCAUGGACACAUGGGUUUGCCGCCAGUGUAUUUCCAAGUGUGUGGUCUCGACCCGUUGCGGGAUGACAGUCUGAUAUAUGAGCGUGUUCUGAGACUGGAGUGCGAGGUUCCGACGAGGCUGGACUUGUAUCCUGGCUUUGCGCAUUGUUGGUGGACGGUCUACCCGGACUUGGAGAUGAGCCGUGAGAGAAUGAAAGAUGCUGUGGAAGGGGUGGGAUGGUUGUUAGGAACAGAGACGAGAGACGAGAGGUGA